GUCACGGAGAGAGAGAGAGAGUAUACGUGUUUCCAUUCCAUCACUCCCUUCUCCACUAAGUUUGUUGAAAUGACGGAGACGAAACAACCACCGUCAAAACUAACUCAACGUUCCCGCGUCGUCGUUCCAUUCACCGCACCUCAACAAACUCAAACACCGACGACGACGACGACGACGACGAAGGAAAUGAGGUUGUACGAUUCUGAUCAGAAGGAGAGUUUCACCACCGAGUUCAGAAACUUCGAUGACGAUGCAUGGUACACCGUCAUGGUAACAAUAGAAGAUAACGCAAUACUCAGAGUAAAGUUCGAGAAAUUCACCGAUGAUGUAGACCAGUUGUUCGAACCUUCCUUUUUAUCUUCCUUGGAAGAUCUUCAUGAUUUCGAGAAACGCUUCAGACCUCUCUCUCUUCAGGUUCAGGAUGAUGAAUGUGGUAUGCUCGUACAAGAUGUUAUGGUUUGCGCUUCUCGCCGUUUCGGCCCCGAUGAUCUUCGUUUCUAUGACGCUGUUGUUGAUUCGGUGGAAAAACGCAAGCAUUCUCGCAAAAAAGACGCCGAGUGCUUGUGUACCUUUGUACUGUCCUGGUUACACGGGCCAAAUAAUGGCGAAUUGACAGCAGCUGAAAUCGGUGAUAUUUGCAUUAUUCAGCCUAUACUAGAGCUUGAUCCAGCUGUGGCUACAUUCCUCGAGAUUGCAAGGACGAGAAUAGAAUCGCAGUCGGGACAGGAAAUAGUGCCAUACUGCCACAAAGGAAUAGAAGCUGAGAACCACAAGGGAAUAGCUAAGAAGAAAAUGGGUUAUUUCGAACGAAUGCAAUGCAGCCCAAAUCGACGUGCCAAACGAUCUGUUGUGCGUGCCUCUCCUGAAGUCAGCCUUGCAGAAAGAAUUGAAGAUAUGGAGCUUGAAGGAAAAAGAAACGUGUGUAUGAUGUUGAUAGGAAAUCUUGAUAGAGAAUUAUGUCCAUCAACAGCUAUAGAGUUCUUAUACCAACAUACUCUAGUUACAGCCAGUGUCUUCAUUUUUCCAAGUUUGUCAACAGAUACAUUUACCAGGGGUGCCAUUAUGUUGCAUAAUGAAAAAGAUUUGGAAAAGCUUGGGGACUUCUUGGAAAAUCCAAACCACAUGAUAACAUCUUCAGCUGGAAGGCCAUGGGUGGUAAUUGAAAAGCAAGUAGGUCUGGAAAAUAUCAAAGCAUCAAUAGGAACAUUGCUUCCUGAACCUGAGGAUGCAUUACAUGAUGGAAAGAAUAGAAAGAGCAACAAUUUGAAGAUUGUAUAUUCAGGAACUCAAGAAUUCAAGAGAGCUGAUGCUAUGAGGGAGUUGUAUUUGGAAUUUGCUGAGCACCAAGUCCGGAUGCACAAGUCGCUUGCAUCCGAGGAGGGAAGUAUAUAUAUACCUGAAAUCUGAAAUUAGUUCCUUCAAUGAACUUGCUUAACAGUUAACAUUUUGUCCUCUAGGCUUUAGCUGUUAAUAGUUGGGAAUUGUCAGUUUUACCUUUUUUUGGGGUACUACCAUGUCUUUUAUUACUUGGAUAUGAUGACAUGUAUGCACUAGCUAUCUUUCAUUGUUUAUGAUAUUGGGUAAUUUCAGACUAGAUGGAUUGGUCAUCUUUGAGUAAUUAUUUGCUUUGAAUGACAAAAUUCCGAAAUUAAUUUAGUUUGGAAA